AUUUCCUUAUUCACCACAACAGCUUAAGAAUAGAGAGAUCGGUUGAGCUAGGAAAAGAUCAUCGCUUUAUUUGGAGAUGGAGGACAGAGUGACUCUAUUGGAUUUCUGGUCAAGUUCAUGGGCAGUGAGAGUGAAGGUUGCCUUGGCAGAGAAGGGGAUAGAAUACGAGUCCAGGGAACAGAACUUGAUAGAUAAGAGCCCUCUGCUUCUUGAAAUGAACCCGGUUCAUAAGAUGAUUCCUGUUCUUAUUCACAAUGGGAAGCCCAUUUGUGAGUCACUUAAUAUUGUCCAAUAUAUUGAUGAGGUGUGGAAGGACAAGUCUCCAUUGCUACCCUCGGAUCCUUACCAAAGAUCCCAAGCCAGAUUCUGGGCUGAUUACAUUGACAAGAAGAUAUAUAACAAUGCCAAGAAGUUAUGGAAGGAGAAAGGAGAAGAGCAAGAAGAGGUAAAGAGGGAAUUUAUAGAAGGCUUGAAGACUCUUGAAGGAGAGCUUGGAGAUAAGCUUUACUUUGGUGGUGAAAGCCUUGGAUUUGUGGAUGUAGUGCUUGUUCCUGUUACCAGCUGGUUCUACUCUCUUGAGAUAUGUGGGAAAUUUAGCAUUGAGGCUGAGUGUCCAAGGUUCACUGCAUGGAUCAAGAGGUGCAUGGAAAAGGAGAGCGUGUCCAGUUCACUUCCUGAUCCUCACAAUAUCUAUGACUUCGUAUUGCUGCUUAAGCAGAAAAUGGGUAUAGAGUAGGCUUUCAGGCUUUGAAUAAUGAGUGAAGGCAUUCCUGAUAGAAUGUCGGAAGCAAGAAUGGGAAAUGGAAUGAAGUUUGGGGAUGAAAAUAGAGAGUGAUGUUAUGUAAUAAGUUAUAAAGUUUAGCACUUAAUGCUGAUAAUUUUUGCUGUGA